AUGAAAUCUGCUCUCAUGAAUUCGGACGAACAAGAGCCUGAGAAGUAUUCCAUGAGACUAGGAUUAUUAAGUGGAAGUAAAAGGGGAAGAUCAUUGUCGCCUGUGUCACAGGAGUCUAAGAAAAGAAGAGCUUCACCCAUGAAUUGGUUAAUGCGUAGAAAGUCCUUUGAAAUCAAGCCUGCAGAAUCAACAUCCAAGGACCUUUAUACUCCAAUGGAAGAUAACUGGACUGAAUCCAAAACUCCUACGAAAGAUGCGUCCAUUGAGACAACAGGAUCUCCUUCGCUUUCGCCUUCUUCAAGAAUAAUUAUCUCAUCUGUUCCUGCUUCAUCGGACUUUUUUGAUGAUGAUUUAGUCCAGCCCGACAGGUCAUUAAAAGAUCUUCGUGCACAUUAUGGUCGACAAUUUGUCAGCCUUGUCUCAAUCUAUCUCAAGAAUAUUGAAAUCCACUUGAAAGACCUGGAUAUCUUGGUAAAGGAUAUCCACAAAGAUGAGGCGGGUUGCCGAACUCUAAUCAGCACCUCAAACCGUCCACCUUCACCAAUUGCCAAAGUACUAAAGGUCUGCAGAUCUAUCACCGCUGAUGAUGCUAAAAAGCAAUACUCUAAUGAAUGGUAUAGGAUCAUUUACAUCAUGAUUAACUACCUUAUAAAUGAAAAACGCUACCGUUACAAGCAAAUCUUCCGAAGAAAUGCGGUUGUUCGGCACGUGAAAUUACUGGAAACGGAAAUGUUACACAGAAUUAAACGGGAAGAGAGGCCUUUGUUAUCUAAGGAAUGUGUUCUGAAAACAGGUGGUGAAAUAGUUAGUCUCCUAUCACAACACGAUGCAGGCGCAGUGGCAAAUGUAUUGACACGUAUUCUGAAAGCCAAUGGACCACUCUUUCCGGAGAAGCUUCACUAUCUCCUAAAACAACUCUACAAUCCUAAAGUGGAAUUCACUCCUGAACACGAGGGGGAGAUAACAGUGCAGUGUCGGGCUUUGCGACUCCUCUUGCAGCUAGCUCCGAGCAAUCACUUGGAGUACAUUUAUCGACCUUUGGGACACUUGUUAGCCCUCAUUACAGAGGAACCGGUUUGUGAGGUGAAACCAGAAGAUACAGGGGUGCUUUUUGGUCCAGCGUUCAUGGUUAGCGAUAAUGCUCCAUUGAGUGAUUUGCAAGACGCGAAAAAUUUCUAUCCAGUGCGUUUACUGGUUGAAAUCUCAAAGAAAGAUAUGCCUCCGAGUGGUUCCAAUAUUAUUGAACCUUUCCGACUACCAAGUCUAUUCCUAGCUGACUGUCAGAAAAACCUCUUCAGUUUACAGACUGAAACAAGUCCAGCAAUGAAAUGCAGUUUCCGAUAUAACAGUAGGGGCAGUCUAGAUAGUGCUUCAGGCAAGUCGCCGUUGAAGUCACCAAAGCGGAAACUCUUCGAUUGGUCUUCGCCCUCGGAAGUUCAAAAAUCCCCCAAACCAAAGUUACAACCGCCUUCACUUUUACUUGACACAACUAACCUCGAGUCUCCUCUUAGUCUUCAUACUCCCAAGAAUCGGUUGAAUUCUCCCAGGAAUUUUCAAGUCAAAAGAAACGUUUUUGGCCAAGGUCCGCUGAAAUCUCAUUUAGUUCGUGAUAAAUCUACUGGUAAACAAGGAGGCACUCACUAG